AUGGAUCCCGAUACAGCUGCUGCCUUUCAGCGCCUGAAGGAAGCAGAUCCCAGCAAUAAGCGCUGCCUCGAGUGCGAUGCCCCGGAGCCCCAGUGGGGCCUCGGCGUGCACCUGAGCUUCGUGCGCAGCAGCACAAUGGACGCGUGGCAGCCGCAGCAGCUGAAGCUGAUGGAGUGCGGGGGCAAUUCCAAGUGCAAGAAUUUCUUCGUGGAGUAUGGCGUUUGGGACCUGCCUUUCAAGGAGAGAUAUGCCACAAAAGCUGCUGCUUACUACAGGGCGCUGCUGCGCUCUGCUGCAGAGCCCUCUGUUGCUGCGCCGCCGCCGCUCCAGCGGGAAGAAGCUGCGCAGCCAGAUGCUGCUGCUGCUGCUUCUCCGCCUUAUUCUUCUUCGAAUUCGAUUCGCUCUUUGGGCUCAGGCAUUGGCAAUCCGCAGCAGCAGCAGGAGCAGCAGGACUCUGAGAAGGAGGAAGAGGGUUUCAUUGCUUCGCUGCAGCAGCAGGCAGCAGCUGCUUCUGCAGCGGCAGCAGCAGCAGCAGCAACUGUCAGCAGCACGGGAGGCGCAGCACUGGGCACAGCUUUCCAAAACGUUUCUUCUUUUGUUUCCGGAGCGAAAGAAUAUACAGCAAAAACAAUUGAGGCUGCAGGAGAAUCUGGCAUUAUAGAAAAGGCGAAGGGAGGGCUCCAGAGCGGAAGCGAAUGGAUUGCCCAGCAGGGGAAGAAGCUCUCCAGCACAUUCACGGGCGGUGACGAGGAAGAGACGAGCAGCUCUGCUUCGCCCCCCUCUAAGGAGCACGAGCAAGAGGAGCAGCAGCAGCAGCAGCAGCAGCAGCCGGAGCCGCAGCGCAGCAGCAGCGGGGUGCUGCAGUCCAUGCGGGAUCUGACGCGCCGCUCCCUCUCAAAUGUUAGCCAAGUCGUCCGCAGCGGCAGCAACUCAGCUGAAGGAAACAACGUGCUUGAUAAGGCCAGGGAAAGCCUCAGCUACCUGACCAACGUUGCCACUGGUUGGCUGCAGCCAGCUGAAGUGCCUCCCCCUGAAUGCGGCGCAGCAGACGGCGUGCAGACGGCAGCUGACAGCCCGGAGAAGUUCCUCUAA